AAAGCUUGGUCCGUCAAGCCUUUAAUUUGUGUGUUGCAACAAAAAUUGCAUCAUAUCAUAAUAUCAUAUCGUCCAAUAAUGGCACGCCCUCAUGCAGUAUGCAUUCCUUUUCCGGCACAGGGCCAUAUCAAGCCUAUGCUGGAACUAGCCAAACUGCUUCACCACAAAGGCUUUCACAUAACUUUCGUCAACAAUGAGUUUAAUCACAACCGCCUUCUCAGGUCCAGAGGCUCCAAAGCCAUGGAAGGUCUUCCGUCCUUCAGAUUCGAGGCCAUCCCCGACGGCAUACCGCCGUCCAAUCCCGACGCCACCCAAGACGUCGCCGCCCUCACUGUGUCCUCCACCAAUUACUGUUUGGACCCCUUUAGGGAGCUGGUUAAAAGGUUGAAUGACCCCUCCUCCUCCGAAUCCCCUCCGGUGACUUGCAUAGUUUCCGACGGCAUCAUGAGCUUCACUCACAAGGUGGCCGACGAACUGUGCAUUCCCAAUGUGUUCUUUUGGACUUGCAGCGCUUGUGGUUUGGAUGGCUACGCCCACUACCGUCAACUUGCUGAAAAAAAUUUGACCCCUAUUAACGGACCAAAUUGCCUAACAAAUGGGUACUUGAAUAGCGUUAUAGAUUGGAUUCCGGGUUUGAAACGUAUCCCGGCAAAAUACUUACCAAGUUUUAUAUGGAACUCGGGUGAGGAUGAGGACCCAAAUUAUGUCAUAUCCCAAUUUGCAAUUCGAGAAGUUGAGGCAAUUCCCAAGGCAUCGGCUAUUAUUUUGAACACAUUUGACGAGCUAGAGCCUGACGCUAUGAGCGCACUUAGGUCUAAGUUUCCAGGAAUUUACACAAUUGGGCCUCUCCACCUUCUCCGCAAUCAAUUUCCUUUGGGGGAUGAUUUGAAAUCCAUUGGAUACAAUCUAUGGAAGGAAGAUCCUUAUUGUCUGGAAUGGUUGGACACGAAAGAAGCCGGUUCAGUUGUGUAUGUGAACUAUGGAAGUGUCACAGUUAUGACCCCUGAGCAACUACUUGAAUUUGCCUGGGGGCUUGCAAAUAGCAAAUUCACGUUCCUGUGGAUAAUCAGACCCGAUUUAGUGAACGGAAAAUCGGCCAUUUUGCCACCGGAGUUUGUAACCGAGACGGCGGAAAGAGGGUUAUUGGCGAGUUGGUGCCCACAAGAACAAGUGCUGAACCACCCAUCGAUUGGGUGUUUUUUGACGCAUUGUGGGUGGAAUUCGACCCUGGAGAGUGUUUCUGCGGGUGUGCCUAUGUUAUGUUGGCCUUUCUUCGCAGAGCAGCAGACAAAUUGCUGGUAUUCUUGCACGGAGUUGGGGGUUGGAAUGGAAAUUGAUUCGAAUGGGGAUAGGAAUGUGAUUGGGGAUCUGGUGAGAGAGAUGAUGGGCGGAGAAAAGGGGAAGGAGCUGAAGGAGAAGGCGAUGAAGCUGAAGACAUUAGCGGAAGCAGUGGUGGCAUCUCCUGCGGGGCAAUCUUACCUUAAUUUUGAGGAAAUCGUCAACAACGUGCUCAUACCUCCAACAUCAAAAUAAUUUUUCAGAAAUUUCUAUUAUGUCUCUUCUCUGUUAUGUGUUACUUAUAUCCCUGCAGGGAGUUAAUCAUCCUAGUUUGCUACGUUUUUUUCAUAUUUUCUUCGAAUACGUUGGCCAAAAAUUAAAGUAUAUGUUUCAAUCA